AUGAUCUAUACCAGUAUCAAGGCUCUUCAAUUUCUAUCUGUUCCGGUGUAUACCAUCUUUAAGAAUUUGACGAUCGUUGUCAUUGCGUAUGGCGAAGUCUUGUGGUUCGGUGGAAGCGUCACCCCGCUGAUUAUGCUGUCCUUCGGUUGUAUGGUGCUCAGCUCCGUCGUAGCUGCGUGGGCUGAUAUUCAGGCUGCUGUCAAUGGUUUCGGGCAUUCAGGAGAGACUGCUGCUGCUAUCUCUACAUUGAAUGCCGGAUAUGCCUGGAUGGGUCUUAAUGUUAUCUGCACGGCUUUAUACGUCUUGGGAACGCGCAAGUUUAUCACCUCUCUGAACUUCAAAGACUGGGAUACUAUGCUUUAUAAUAACUUAAUAUCCCUGCCCAUUAUGAUUAUCUGUUCUCUGGUCACCGAAGACUGGUCUUCGGCUAACCUGGCCAAGAACUUCCCUGCUGAAUCGCGCAACAAUAUUCUCAUUGGCAUGUUAUACUCCGGUCUAGGGGCCAUCUUCAUCUCCUACUCAUCUGCCUGGUGCAUUCGCAAAACUUCGUCAACAACCUAUUCAUUCGUUGGGUAUUUGAACAAGCUCCCACUUGCAAUUAGCGGACUCGUAUUUUUCGAUACUCCUGUCACGUUUGGUGGUGUCUCAGCCAUUCUUCUGGGAUUCUUUAGCGGUCUCAUCUACGGCUACGGCAAGAUGAAGCAGAAGGAGAUGGCGAGCCAGGUCCUCCCCACCACCCGUCCGACUAUGAGUGCUAGCUCUCAGAGCCAGAAGGAUGCGUCUAACUGA